AUGGGUGGAUGUAAUGGCGGACAGGAGGAUUGGGGCUCCGUAUCACCUUUCCUGGAGUUGGACGUGAGGGCCUCAAUAAAGCAACAAUUUUCCAGUUUAGUUAUAUUGGAGUAUCCUGUAAUAUAUGUCUCUCUCCCUGCACACAGCUCUAAUUUUGACGUUGUUAAGGAUACCAACCCUGUUACUGAAAAACCAGAGCUAAAAGAUUCUGAAAGCAAUCCAAGCCCAGUUGGUGCCCCCUUCAAGGAGGAGGAAAUAGAAGACAACAAUAACUCUUUAGAUCCUCGUGUUUUUGAGCUCAUGAAACAUGUGAGUUCAAGUCCAAUGCCUCGAUCCCCCCAUUACAACUUGAGGACUGAGAAAGAGAUAGAUAACUCAUCAGAAUGCCCUUUGUUCUCAAGGGUGGCAACAAGCAACUGGUCACAUUCCACCUCCAAUUCCAAUGAAGCAGGAGUGUCUCAAAUGAUGGAUUUUGACUUUGAUCAGGGCUUAAUAGAUUCGUACUCAGAGCUCAUUGCACAAAUUAACCCUGAUGACUUUCUGGAUUUGGAAUUUGAGUUUGCUGAAGAGCUAGAUGCAGAAGGAAGAAGAGAGCUCUCGGAGGCGUUAACUUGGAGGGAUGACUUUCUCGAAUUGAAAAUGUAUUUGGAGGGGGAAUGGAUCUGA